CCUGUAACCUCUCGCUAUUGAGGCGUGUCUUGCCGCUAAAACUGGAGCAUAUUCAUAGACAUGACUAUGUAGGCGUGUAUAUUUGUGUCACAAUCAUACAAUAAACCUACUAAAAUGAACUUUUUUAGCGGCAUAAUUACCUAUUACCAUUCAGCACAUUCUGACGUUUAUGGUUGCAUGAACAGAGAAAGGUUUCACGGUUGAGGAAUAAAGCAUAAAGAGACUCUAUUGUUGCAGCAGUCGCCGGUAACAAAAACUCCCAGAAAGCUUUAUGUUGAAACAGUUAUAUAGCUGGGAAGAUAUUCGGAGCGAUUGUAUAUAUCGUGGAGGAGUAGGUAAAAUAUUAAUUGAUUUAGUAUUACGAAUGAGUUUAGGGGGUUAAGUUGGUGAGGAACAGGGACUAAAGGAGUAUAGAUUUACUCGACUGUGGAGUUUGGAAGAAUAUCCGUUACGGUAGCUCUUGUGCCGGUUGGAACCAUGAGUUGUUGCAACGUUGCUUGCCAAGAUCUUGGCUUAAAUACAAAGGACAAUGAUGUAUUUACUAAAGCACAGCAUCCCUCCUGUUGCAACCGAUAUGUCUACAUCAUGUACCGGCUAUUUGUCGCCUUCUAUUACACUGGAUAUCUUGUCUUGUAUCUAGUAAGACAAAUGGACAACGUUGGCCUACGAUUGUUUGUAUACGUCUCCAAUUGGUCUAUAACAUUAUUCGCAGUAUACAACAUCAUAGCUAUGUUAAACAGUAUCAGAUUUUCAGUGUCUAAAACAGAAGAAGCCGAUGAAAAUGAAACCAGACACAACGCCUCAACUAGAAGUAAUGUCAGUGGUCCGGGAACCAUUGGCCGUCAGGUCAACGAGAGAAUAUUCAACCAGCCUCAUGCAUUUCAGCGCAUGACUGUAAAAAGACGCAGGAAGUACAAGACGCCGGCGAGCAAGAAAACACAGUGGCUUCUCUUCAACAUUUCAUGUAACAGUUCAUUCAUAAUUUCUGCAGUCUAUUGGAUUUCGGUGUAUGUUUUAGACUCUUAUAAUAAGCCAUCAGACGAAUUUGAGUAUGUAGACAUCAUCCACGUAACAGCCGUUCCAUCAGUUCUUUGUGUGAUUGAACUUUUACUGUUGGCAACGCCUGUUCACUUUGUACACUUUCAUUUUACAUGUUGGUUCGGGCUUUUGUACGUUUUCUUCAAUGUUGUUUACUGGUUGGCCGGCGGAACUAAUGACAAUGGCGAAACUUACAUCUACGAUCUUGCCAACUACGAUGACGACUUUUUGACGGCAAUCAUUGCAAUUGUAUGUCUCUUCGCUGCCGUUGUGAUUUCUCAGGGUUUUAUGUGGAUUAUAUACUGUUUGCGUAUGCUCACUUCUAAUGAAAAUCCCAUAGCUUGUCUGGACGAUACAGAAUCGGUGGAGGUUAAUGUUCCAAUUUAUGAGAACUUAGCUUUCGAAUCACCAUACGCAACCGUUAGCAACGUAAGCAGGCCAAGUAGCGGUGGUACAUGUGAACAUUGUGGAAGAUAAAAUUGUAGACAAUUUAUUCAUCUACAGUACACAAGUAUAAUCGAAGUGUAACUCAUCUUUAUUAACCUACAAUGCAAGCUUUCCUAUACUGUACUUAUAAUAUUUUCAGUGAAUUCUGAAAUAGAUUUGUAGACCACUGCGAUUAUUAUGCGUCUAUUAAUAAUUGGCGAGGAAAAUAUUCUAUGUGAGGCGCAAUGUAUAUGUUUUUUAAACUUUUGUGAUUAGUGUCUCCCUAGAUUACCGUAUUUUAUUUUAUUAACAGUGGUCCCUUUACAAGAAAAAGUCCUUAAAAACUGGGGACCGCUAGGUAUUUAUAUCUGUACUACAAUUAAUCAAUUACAUUUCUAGAGUUUUAAGCAAUUUUGGCAUAGAGCCUAUAUUGUAAGUAUCAUGUAUUAAAUGUAUUAAAGUACAAAGUCGAUAUAGUAAAACUAUUAAA